UUAAAUCAAUUAAACAAAUAUACAUAUUUAGAGCAGUGCCUGGCCCCACAGUGCAUACUGUGUAAGCACUCAUUAUUCUUGUUAUUAUGGAGAAGGCCUGGGACCCUAGCAGUAUGGUGGUGAUGGGGGGCUGGCUGUGCCCUCUCUCCCGGUCUGGUGGGGGUCUGGGUUCCUGGUCUCUGCUAAGUGGAGGCCUUCUCACCUCUCUCUGUUGAAGAUGACAGUGAGCUGGACCGCGUCACCGCAUCCCUGGUGAAAGGUUAUCGCUUGGUCCGGGAAACGGGAAAGGUCAGUGCUGGAGGGGUGGAGGGGGCCGCGUGCCUGCCUCCUCUCUGCUAGUGGAGAUAAAGGAGGUCACUUCGCUCCCCCAUGACAGGCAUGACAAGAGGGGGGAGCUAAGAUGUAUAAAUGGGGGGCCAGGAGGCGGUGGCGGCACCAACCACAGGAAGCUGCCUUGCUGUGCCGCCUCUCACAUCUCAGGCAGCCCUGUCCAGCAUGGCCAAACGUCCUCUGCUGCUGCUGCUGGCCAUGGGGGUGCUGGCUGGGGAGCUGUGGACAGAGGCCCAGGCAGCACCCUACGGAGUGAAGCUUUGCGGCCGUGAAUUCAUCCGAGCAGUCAUCUUCACCUGUGGGGGCUCCUGGUGGAGACGGUCAGACAUCCUGGUCUAUGAAGCUAUGGGUGAGGCUGGGGAGGUGCUGUGUGUGUGUUAG